CACCUGGCACCAGCAGCACCAACAGCAGCCGACCGCGGACCACCACCUGAUCAGUGAUCACAAGUCAUAAUACAGUGACAGGCUGACAAUUUGCCGCUAACCUGAAAACUGACUUAUAAUGUCAUAAUAACAUAUUCUCUGCACCAAAUGUGGAUAACGAGGGAGAGAAGAAAGCAAGGACAAGUAUAGAAAGGCAAGGACAGGCACAGUGAGGCACAGAUAAGCUGGUAUCAUUCCAAUAUUACCUUUAAACACAUAGAUCUGAUCCAGACACAAGAUGUCAGGUAGAGUGCGCACUCGAGUAGACAGAGGGACAGGGGAGCUGGUGGCCUACAGUGAUGCAGCCGUGCGCAACAAUCUGGGUGUCAUUGAAUACUGCCGCACCUCCAUGGCUGCUCUUUCUGGGGCUACUGCAGGUAUGCUUGGGCUGACAGGGCUGUACGGGUUCCUGUUCUUCCUCGUGGCAGGAGUUGUGCUGUGGUUGUUGCUGCUGUUGAAGGCUGGUUCCCGAUGGCAGCAGUUCUUUGUAAGCCGCCAGUCUCUCCUCACUAGUGGCCUCUUCUCUGGACUUUUUACUUAUAUUCUUUGUUGGACCUUCAUUUUUGGUAUGGUACAUGUUUAUUGAAAAGUUUUAAAUUAUGUUAGAACUUACACAAAGCAACUGUAAAUGAUCACUGUGGAAUAAAUGAAUAUAUGUAUGUGUAUGAAUUGUAUACAUGAAAUGUGAAGUGUGUUAAUAAAGUUAUCUCAGUUU